CUUAGCAUACAUGUUGUGAAUGUCGAGAGGGGUAAGGCAGUUCCUGAAAGUUUGGGGGCAUGUCGACCAUCAAGAACGAGGAGUUGUUGCGUUUCCUCCUCGCAGGGACUUCGUGCAUGUGCGCGGCAGCGGUAACAAACCCUAUUGAUGUUGUGAAGAUUCGUAUGCAGUUGGAGAGCGAGCUAGCUGAACAGAAGGGCUUCGACCACAUGAGGGGGCGUUACUACGAUGGCUGGAUUAAAGGAUGUGCCACAAUCAUCCGUGAUGAGGGUGUCGCCGGCCUCUAUAAGGGCUAGUUUCCAUCCCUGAUGCGUGAGGGGUCGUACAGCACAAUACGCCUGGGAGCCUAUGAGCCCCUCAAACGCAUGUUUGGGGCCACAGACCCUGCACACACACCACUCUGGAAGAAAGUCUGCUCUGGAGCAAUCUCAGGUGCCAUAGGGAGCUCCAUAGCUACGCCCACUGACCUGAUCAAGAUUCGUAUGCAGGCUCAGGGAAAGCUGGGCCCUGGUCAGGAGGUGCGGUACCCUUCCACAUACGGGGCAUUCAGGGAGGUAGUGCGGGAGGGUGGGGUCCGAGCCCUGUAUGUUGGGGUGGGGCCCACAGUGAAGAGAGCUGCUAUACUCACUGCUACUCAGAUUCCAGCGUAUGACCAUGCAAAACACCUGAUCCUGAAUGCCCAGCUCAUGUCUGAGGGUAUUCCCCUCCAUGUGACAGCAUCCAUGAUCGCUGGAUUUUGUACUGCUGUCACUACAUCCCCCGUGGAUGUCGUCAAGACACGUAUUAUGAACCAGUGCCAAGUAACCAAGCCAUAUUCCUCGGCAUUUGACUGUCUGGGCAAAACAUUGCGGACGGAGGGACCCCUGGGACUGUACAAGGGGUUCAUUCCAAACUGGAUGAGGAUCGGCCCUCACACCAUCGUCACAUUCUUCGUGUUUGAGCAGCUGCGGCGGAUGAUAGGCAUGGCUCCCGUAUAGCAUGGGAAGUUAAUGUGUUGGCAUGGCUCCCGUAUAGCAUGGGAAGUUAAUGUGUUGGCAUGGCUCCCGUAUAGCACGGGAAGUUAAUGUGUUGGCAUGGCUCACGUAUAGCACGGGAAGUUAAUGUGAUGGUUGUGACACUUCUUUGAUUUCUUUAUUCUUUCAUUCAAAUGCUCUUCAGAUUAAAAAAUAAUUGACUUGCUUUUGUAAUCAGUUCAUCAAUUAAUGGUCGUUACUGGUAGAAUUGGUUUAAUUUAGUGUUUCAGUCCAGUGUUGAAGUCAAGGAGGUUCUUGUUUACCUACAUAUAAAUAUUAUAGUUUUGUGCAAAAGUUUUAUCAUUACUAAGUAUUUGAUUUCAUUAUCAUAAUGCUUAAUUGAUUGCCAGUGAACUUUUAUUAUAAGAUUGUUUUUAUACAAAUAAUUCUUACCUGAAGACAUUUGUUAGUAUUUUCACUCUACUCAUGAUAUUUGUUGUGUACAAAGGGACCUAAUCUUGAUAUUGAUUUUUUAUAUCACUUGUGUUUUUUUUUUGUUAUUAUGGAUUGUUUAUACUUUUGAUCAUGAACUCUUGUUUUAAUAUACAUUUUUAGUUAUUGAAAUUCCUUUUUAUUAACAAAAUUAUACAUCACACAUAUUGACUGGUUAUGGUGACAAAAUAUGUACAGUCAAAACUCUUUGGCUCGAUAUCUCAUGGCUUGAUAUCCUCAUUGGCUCGAACCAGAUUAAAAGGACCAAUUUUUAUUUACUCUUAUAUAAAAUUCAAUCGGAUGGCUCGGUAUCUUGAGGGUCGAUAUUUCUCCACGCUCGAAGUCAUUUUCGUGGUCCCAAACAAGAAUUUCACACUUUGUUUUGUUUGCUUGGGUCGAUGUCAUUUUUCGCGGGUUCAGUUAAGAAUCUUACACCUUGAUUUGUUUGCUUGGCUUCAUUUAGCAUAAGGCGCUAAUUGAUUAAAAUUGCUUGACUGGUAUUAUAAUUAUUAUCAAAUUAAAAUGGUUUAACAGUUUGAAUAAACAUGCCAUCACUUUAAGUUCUGUCUCUAAUUGUUAUCCAUCUAUAAAUUUCUAUGCAUUGUGAUAUACCUUAUAAGCUAUGUCAGUUAAUAAAUACCCCUCUCUUCUCUUGCAGAAAUAGCGUAGCCAAUAAUAAACGAGGUAAAUAAGACUUCAUUUAACAAAUAAAAAAAUAACAUUCUGUAAGCAAUCCCGCAAGCCAUCGAGUUUUGACUGUAUUAAUUCCUAGCCAACAUGAUAUUUUGAUGGUUUAAAUUUCAUUUCUUAAUGCAUUUGUUGUGUUAAAAAUAAAGAGAUUUAUCGUCUUUGCAAUACAUGUUUAAUGACAUUCAUGAUCUGGCAGUUUUAAAUGGUGAUGCUUUGUAACUGACAUUACUUCUUUGAAAUUGUGCUGUUAGAUAAUGCCAGGGAAAUGGAUUGGAAAAUGUCGUAAAUGUUCAAACACAACUCUCAUCUUUAAAGAGAAGAUCUGAUCUCUAUUUAACAUGCUUAAGUAUGCAUUAAGGGGAUAGAAUGCUAUGUCGGCCUUUCAAGGAUGGGCUUUAUUGGAGACAAUCGUUUGUCAUUCUAUAACUUAAUGUUUAGAGUUUAUGGAUGUCCUUAAGGAUACUUUUAAAUGUCUACUUUCAUUCUAUUCUCAUAACAUGAUCUAUUUUAACUAAAAUCAUAGCAAUUAUCAGACAUUAGGAUAAAUGAAGCAUUGCAUGUUGUUAUUUUACAAAAAAAUAUUGUAUUUUGAAUGAAAGAGGUUUUCUGACGACUGAAAUAGAGCUAAAUCCACUUGUCCCUGUUCUGUAUGAUCAUAUUGAUCAGAGGAUAUUGACAUAGAAUAAGAGCGUCCAAUUGUUUUACUUAACGGUAGCUGUUAUUGUAUUUUGACAUCAGAAUGUCAUAUCGAAGGCGUUCUGUGGCACAGUCUGUCGAAUCCUGUUUUAAUGGAAUAUCUUUUUCUUUAGCGAUGGUAUUAAGGGGUAUCAUUGAUUGAUUUGUUACAUCAGAGUUUUCACAUGGUUUAUAAUACUGUUUUAGAGUAUGAAAUUAUUUGCUGUAUUAUACACAUGGCCUUGUUGAUAUAUAGUGUGUCGUAUUAAAACAAUGUGAAAUCUUGUUUACUGCUAAACACUAGAACAAGAAGGCAUUUUGAUUCAUUGUCUGAAAAUGUUCCAUGUUUUGCCUUUUUUACAUUUGGGUCUUAUUUGUGUAUGUAUUUGUGUAUGUAUUUGUGUAUAUAUUUGUGUAUG